CCAGGUGGGCUCCGCGGUGAGGACACUCUUUUCAGUGCCGGCGGUAUGGCGGCGGAUCUCGUCGAGUGAGGGCCCCUGCAGGUUGAAGAUUUUCAAUGGCUUGUCCUGUGACUGUGCCCGUCUUUGCUCAAGUCUUUUGACCCGUGCUUUCCUCACCAGGUGGGUUUCUGCGAUCGCCCAGAGUCCCCACAGCUUGCGUCAGCGCCGCGGGGAUGUCGCUCCUGAUCUUGCUGGUGUGUGCUCUGGGUGCGCGAGCAGAGGUGCUGAACUUCGCCCCGGAGAUGGACGGAUCCUUCGAGUUCAACGACGCGGUAACGUCAGACAUCGGCACAGCCAUGAUGACCACCAACGAUGGCAUCGUGUGCUAUUCCGAUUGGGCCAAUCCCCCCGGGGAGAGGGCCGUGUGCAACGCCUUCGACGCCUCCACCGGCGAUGUCGGCCCAGACUGCAACUUGACCGCGCACCUCGUGAAGGGCCAGAGGUUCACGGUCACCCGCUUCUCCGACGAACUGGCCAUCGCGUGCUUCACGGCCUUCGGAGAGUACGAGAUCGGGGGGCCGUCGUACUGCCACAAGCUGACCCUGAAUGCGGCCGCCAAGACUCUGACCGCCGGGCCGGGCCUGUUGGUCAAGCCCGAGGCGACAUUCAUCUACUACCUGUCCGUCGCCAGCUUCACCGAGUCUCUGGGGGCGGUGUGCUACCAGGACACCUCCGACGUGUUCGAACCGAAGGAGAGGAAAGUGAAGUGCAAUGUCCUUGGCUUUGACCCCGGCAGCGACGACCUCACGACCAGCGAGGCUUUCGAGGCGGACCCGUUGGCGGUGGACGUCGUCGGUGUGUCGCUCACUAAGUUCUCGAGCUCGCAGGGCGUCGUGUGCUUCACCGAGAAGACGCAGAAGGAGGCGUACUGCACGCUGUUGACCGUCAGCGACACGGACAUCAGGGUGCCCGGCCCAGACGACGUAGCCAUCUUCUCUGGUGUCCCGAGCAUACUGGACAGGGCCCAGGUGUCCGUGGUCAGCUUGGACGAGACUACAGGCCUGGUGUGCUACGUCGUCGGGGACGCGUCGGCGGGCAACAGCGCUUCCUACGACACCACGUGCACCCCCGUCGGCCUGUUCAACGGGACUGUGGUCAAAGUUGGCGACGACCUCGUGGUAGACAGCGACACCACUUUCGAUGUGUCGGUUACGGCCAUGUCCGAGACCGCCGCCAUCGUGUGCUACCUGAAAGGUGACGAGAGGGUCGGUACCUGCAAGGGCCUGGUCCUGAGCCACGGCAGGGAGCUGACCAUGGGCGACGCGAGGGACAUCACUGGCACCAGUGGCUUUAAGGCCUACAGCAACGAGGACAUCCGGGUCUGCGACGACAACCCCUGCAUCGACUUCGUCUCGAUCACGCGCAGGAACGACAUCGACGCCAUCGUGUGCUACGCGGGCAUCGACGACAACCCCAACGGGCGGUGCACGAAGCUCUUCGUCCCGGCGCCCACCACUACCGUCACCGAGACCACGGCGAGCGAGACAAGCAGCACGACCCCGCACACCACUACCGCGUCCAGCACCACAACCGCGACGCAGACGAGCACGUUCAGCAGCACCACCACCGCCACCGAGACCACGUCCACCGUGACCAAGACGACGGCGACGACCACUCCGCACACCACCACAGAGACGUCGGUAACGUCGAUGACCGCCACCGAGGCGGAGGAUGCCGCUGGCCGUUGUUCUUUCCUUGCUCCCCUGGCGCUGCUUGCGGCCGUCGUGGCAGCAGCUGCACAGUGAUCGCUGCGAGGACCCCUGCUGUGACAGCAGUGCAGAUCAUGUUCCUCGUUCUGGCCAAGCGAGCGCAGGCGGCACAAGACCCUGCGCUCCCAGGGUGGUAAUCAUCUUCCUGCUUGCCCAGAGGCCACGCUCAGAAGUCGCGGGCCAGCCAUGACCAUGACCAUCGCAAGCAUUGUCAUCAGCAUCAGCAUCAGCAGCAG